AUGGCCGAGGCACACUCAUAUCCUCUGCUCGUUGGAUUCGUAGAAACCAACAUACCCAGUUUAGAAACAAAGUUACUGCAGUACUUUCGUACUGUCGGUGGCGACUGUGAGAUUGAGUAUGAAAAUGGCAGCAGGACAGCGAUACUGCACUUCACGAGAGAGGAGGAUCAGAGGAAUGUUCUGGCGAAAGAGUCUCAUCAGAUCAGCUUGGAAAAGGGCGUUUUGAAGCUGACGGUUCAUUUAUCCACUGAAGCGAAAUCAUCACAGCAAAAGAAUGCCAAAGCCAUCCUCAAAGAGUGGACUGAUACUGUGAAGUCAGAGUUUGCAAAAUCUGUGUCAAAGUUCAAAUCUGUGAAGUUCUGUCCAGAUUCAGAUGCAUGGAAAGAGUCUGAGAAAAUGAUCAGAGAGAUGUUACUGAAUGAAAAUGUGAUUGUAGUACCUGAUAAAGACAGAGGUGCUUUAUCAGUGGCUGGUCCUGUUAGUGAUGUCAACAGACUGGAGAAAUCUCUUUCUGAAACUAUUAACAAGAUUGCAAAAACGAUCCACAGGGACAAAUCAAGUAAAACCGAAGAGAUCAAAGUGUCACCAUCAGUUUUUCAUCUCCUGUGUCAGGAUGGCCACAUGGACAAACUUCUACUUGUGUAUCCAGAACUCAAAUUGGCACCAGAGAGUCCUAAUCUGAAAAUAACUGGUUUGGGGGAAGAGAUUAAUGCAGCAAGCAAAGUUAUAUUUGAUGCAGUACUUGCAUUAAAACGACAGAAUCUGGAAGUAGAUAAAUAUGUGCUUGAACUGUUGAAGGAUGAGCAACAAGAGGAGCUUACAGGUGCUCUCCUCACAUCUCAUCAAAUAAACGCAGCGUUUGAAAUCAGUGGGAACAGGGUGCAGCUCCUUGCUGUGUCUGACACAGAUCUGUCUCAUGCUCAGGACCAUCUAGGACAGAUGUUAACAACUCAGUACAUUAAUGUUGAAGACAGUAAUGUCCUGAAGAAGCCAGAGUGGCAGCAGCUGGUCAGUCACUUAGAGCAGGCUAACAGUAAGCCAUGCAGAACUCGAAUCAACACAACUGCUCAACAAGUCGUGGUGUCAGGCUACAAGGAUAGUGCCAUAAAGGUUCAGCAUCGGCUUGGUGACUUCUUAACACAGAACGCUCACAUAGAAGAAACUGUUGUGGUCAAAGCUAAUGCUGUCGUUGAAUACUUGAAACAUUUCAACACAUCUUGGAUGGAGAAAGUGAAAGACAAGGUGAGAGUGUCUUACAGAAAUGAGGCCAUCUGUCUGAGUGGAUCCAGAGUGAAUGUGACACAUUGCAAGACUGUGGUUGAAGGUGCCGUCUCUGCUGUAGUCUUUGAAAGUCUGAAUGUCUUCAAGUCUGGAGUGAAGAAGCUCUUCCAGGAAAAUGAAGCGCUGUAUGUUUCCUCAAUCAAAACUAAAACUGGUUGCCUGGUUCAACUGGUCGAUAGGCCAGUUCUGCAGCCUACUGGAUCUGACCAGUACUUGUAUCAUAUACAGUCCAAAGAGGGUCUGGACAUCCUUCUUACAAAGGGAAAUAUAGAGGCUACCAUGACAGAGGUGAUUGUGAACAGUGUGCCUCCAAACCUCAACCUGAACAGUGGUGCAGUUUCAAAAGCCAUCUUGCGUGCAGCUGGACCCAAACUUCAGCAGUCAAUAAAUGCACAGGGUGCUGCUGGAAAUGUUGGUGAGAUCAUUAUUACUGAGGGCUGCCAGCUAAAGAACAAAAAGGUUUUUCACACAGUUGCACCUCACUGGGAUAAUGGACAAGGCACAUCUGAAGAGUCUAAAAUUGAUGACAUAUGA